GCGUGACGUCAUCCGUCUUUGUCCAGUGCAGCGCCAGCUAGAAAUGAAUCCCGAAUAACUCACGAUGGGAUUUCAGCGCUAAUUCAGACAGCGAUUCCGUGCAGACUCGCCAGUGUGUGUGAAGAUGUGCGAUCUGAGCUCAGCGCUCAUUAAAGAGGGCUGGUACCUUACAGAUGAAGGAAUCGAGGAGUGUAAAAGUUCAACAGAGAAGGAAAAAACAUCACUGACUGACAUCAUCCAAGUAGCACUAAACAGUGAUCUGAGACCCAUAGGAAAGAGCUUUCUGCCGACGGACAUCAACAGUGGACGAAUAGAAAAGUUGGAGGGCCCAUGUGUCCUUCAGGUGCAGAAGAUUCGUAAUGUCACCGCUUCUAAAGAUCAUGAGGAGUCGCAGGCGGCGCCCAGAAUGCUGCGUCUGCAGAUGACGGACGGACAGACAUCGUGCACCGGCCUCGAGUUCAAACAUCUGUCCAAAAUCAGUCUGAACACUCCUCCUGGAACCAAAGUGAAGCUCCUGGAGGACGUUCAGGUUAAAAACGGCAUCCUGCUAUUGGACGAUUCCAAGAUCACGGUUCUCGGAGGUGAAGUGGAUCACAUGAUCGAGAAGUGGGAGUUGCAGAGGAGCCUCGCCAAACACAGCCGAAGAAACAUUGGCGCAGAAGGUGGACCUCCUCCAUUCGUUCCCUUUGGACAGAAAUGUGCUCAUAAGGAGCAGGUGGACAGCAGAGCUCUGGACCAGAGGAAGACCCUGCAGAGCACCAACGCUGUCAAAUCUGCUGACGACAACGAUGAGUUUGAGAAACAAAGAAUCGCUGCUAUCGCAGAGGUCGCCAGGAGUAAAGAGACGCGUACGUUCGGCGGUGGCGGCAAUGCAGGCGGAAACCUCGCCAAUCCAGGAUCCACCUACAAGAACCGAGACACCUAUCAAAGGAGACGAGAAGAGAGAGAGCCAUGGAUGGAGAACAAGUCCGAAGGAGUUUACAGAGAUUUGGCUCCUUCGUCGAAUACGCCGUUUAUUUGUUCACUGACAGGAAAGGGUCGUGGAAGAGGACGCUCCAGACAAGAUGAGGAUGAAGAAGCAGGAGGAAGACCAUCUGGGCCCAGCACACUGUUUGACUUCCUGGAGUCAAAAAUGGGGACAUUGUCCAUUGACGACUCAAAGAACCAGCCUUCACUACAAGAGCACCAAUAUAAGAUGACUUUCCCCAGCACUGAUCAAAUGUUCAGAGAUGCCGCCCAGUCCAAACACCCUCCCCGAAACGAGGGACGCUCGCAGAGAAACGACAGGCCUCCACGUUUCCAGAAGGAUGGAGACUUUCCUAAACCCAGCACGGCCUCUUUCAGUGUUUCCCAGCCGCAGAAAUGGAGGGACGGAGAGAGAACGGGAAGAGGAGGAUCAGACCGAUGGAAGAAUGAUGCUCAAGAUGCUAGAAAUACGUACACCUCUAUGGGGAAGCCCAGGGAACAGCAGGGUCUCUCUGGAAAGGAACAUAACGGGUCGAAAAGCUUUCAGCAGGAACCACAUAACGGCGGAUGUAAAGAGCAGGAUGGGACAGGACUGGCUUCUUUUAGGAAAAACCAAUCAAACGGACCCGCGGCACCCAAAUCCUCAAAUCCUGCUGCGUCAGGCUCGGAUCCUAAAGCUAGAAACGAACCCAACAACAGAAGGAAAAGCAAGCCAGAAAGACCCAAAUCAGGCUACUUUGAGCGUUCGCAAGAUGCAAUGAAAAAAGACUUUUCGCAGGAUGCCGGAUCCAGUCAGUGCAUCAAAGUGGGCGGGGUUUCAAACGCGCAGCUCCCUAAUGGUGAUUUAGAACACAGACGGACCGGUCCAAUCAAGCCGCAGUCUUCAGCACCGCCUCAGAAACAAACCAACACGCAUAACUCCGCCCCCAAGAAACGAUCUGGACCAAUCAAAGGUCAGAGAGAGCCGACGGACACAAAUAAUCACAUAAUCUGGAGAGCUGGUGACCAGUGUCUAGCGCUCUACUGGGAAGACAAUAAGUUUUAUCAGGCGAGAAUCGACGCCAUCCACCCGUCUGGCUCCACGGCUGUGGUUGUGUUCAGCGACUACGGCAACUGCGAAGAAGUUCUGCUUCACAAUAUCAAACCUCUGCACAUGGACGUGUGGGAUGACGAAGACAUUUACUAUGAGAAUUCCCUUGAAUUUCGAAGAGGAGGAGACGGACAACCUCGCCGCUCUCGACCGACACAACAAUAUUACCAACCGCCACGUGCAAGAGACUGACACACGUUCACACACGGUCACAAAUCCACACUCACAACCUUUCCCUAGCAAGGAAACCCAUUUGAUUUACUCAUUACUCAGAGAGAAAAAAAACAA